AUGGCACUCUACCCUGCCAAAACUGUCGAAAGCAUUCUCUGGAAUCAAGGUGUAGUUACAGAAAGCGACAGCGGAGAACAAAUCCCUCUUGGAAGUGAGUCUGGGUAUCUCGUGGCGAGGGCACCGUCUGACUGCUCGCUGUAUAGAACAAUAGACCAAUUGAACGAGGCUCUGAAUGCCCGCAACCAGAUCAUCAAGCAGCUUUUGCCCGCAGUCGACUUCGACAGCCUCCCCGGCCUGUCUCGCGAGAACAUCAUCCGACUGAUUAGCAAUGAGGUUGAUACCCAGACACCUUCACCCAUUGCCGAGAGCCGUGUCGCCACCGAGGUCGUCGAAGUCUCACAAUCACACGACGAUGUCGCAGCUGAAGAAGAAUGGAAUGAAGCUCAGAACGAGGAAGGACCCGAACCCCCGGUUGGCGAUGCUGUCAACGGCCUCACCAUCCACCAGCGUCCGGGCUCCUGCUCGCGCAUCUCCUCCACUGGUGCUUUCCUGCAUGUUCUUUUCAGUGUCUGCCCCCCUGCAAAACAAAAGUUCUUGGAUCUCGGGCAAUCGGCCUUCCAGAAACCCAAGCAACUUGUCCUUCGGGUCUCAAGCAAAGAAGGCCCUCAAGCCACACAAAAUGUCAGCCCUGUAUCCUCGACACUCUCGUCCUUGUCGUCUUCACAACAGAUAGCAGUCGACGCGUAUUUCGAGCAGAUCCACGCCCUAAUCCCCAUGGUGGAUGAGGCUCGCUUUCGUGAUGAGUUCUCUAGCCAAGAACGCACAGACGACGGGUGGAAGGCGCUUUCAAGCAUGGUCCUCGCAUUAGGUUCCAUUGCGGCAGGAGACGAUCAAUCGCACUUCGCUUACCACGAGAGAGCACGGAACGUCCUUGGUUACAACAUAUUUACCUCGGGAAACCUCGAAAUGCUUCAGGCGCUGGUUCUCUUGAGCGCGCUGUACUUGUACUACAUCCAUUCACCAAACACCGCCUUCUUAGUUAUGGGAACCGCCUUCCGGAUGGCUAUCGCCAUUGGCUUACAUCGUGAACCAGCUAGAACGACAAAACUCGGCCAGACGCCCGAGGAAGAAGCAUUGGCAUUGUCUCGAGCUGAAGUUAGACGAAGAACUUGGUGGUGUCUGAUCGCCGCAAACGCCUGGCAAGGACUGUUGUUGCAUCGUCCUCGUGUUGGAAGAUGGGAUCCGCUGACAAUGGACACGGCUUGGCCUUCUACGACAUUCUCUUCGAUCCUUGCGCGGCCGGAGAGCGUUGCACGGCAGAGGCACGGUGAGUCUGAGGACAGGGAUUGGCAUGGCAUUGCACUCCGCGUGACUGCCGAAUUCUGCAUCAUCGCCCAAAGGAUCGGGGAUCGCAUGGCACAGUUGUCAUACAUUACACCCCGGGAGAUAUUCGCAUUCAGCGACGAACUCGAGAUUUGGAGCAAAUCCCACCAUUUUCGAUUCUUGUCGGAGAAUUCAUGUCCAAAACGUUUCUGGCUGAGUCGAGAGACCAUGAUGUAUCGCUUUUUGGGUGUGCGCGUUCUGUUGUCUCGGCCACAUCUGAUGCGGUUGGCUGACGACGGAAUGGCACACAAUGCAUUCACAGACGAGGACUGGAAAGUGGUAUCUCUCUGCCAAAAUUCGGCAAGUGAGGUUAUCGACCUGAUCUGUUCUGGCCUUCAUCACGACAGAGUCUCAGUCUGGCACUCGACCUUCGCUCUUUUCCAAGCUUGCCUGAUUCCCCUGAUUUCUAUUGCCGUGGCGAAGAAAUUGGAUCUCUUUGGCGAAGCCGCAGUCAGUGAUUGGACACAGAGUCUGGAUGGCGCCCUUCGUGCAUUCAAAGAUAUGGACCCCCAUACGAGGCCAGCGGACAGAUACGGCAGCAUUAUUGAGGCCCUGCGCGAUGGUAUCGCGUCUUGGAAUAACCAGGACUCUCAAUACGCAGCUGAAUUUGACCAGUACACAGAGUUUCUUGCCAACGCCAGAUCAGUGAACGCGAUGGACUUGAUGAAUUUCGAUGCACAGGACAUCACUGCGCCGGGUCCAUUCCUGGAGUGGUUCAAUUAUGAUCUUGCAUUUGGGGAUCAACAAUUGAACUGGUAUCCUCUUCCCGAUACUUGA